AUGACUUCCUCAAAUAUGGCUCAACAGAAUCAGGGACCUCGGCAAAAGUUUACCCAAUUCGAUAAGCCCAAAAAUUUUAAGGUUCAUCACACUAAAGUAAACGAGAACAAAUGUAAUUUGUGUAGAGGUUCUCAUUAUUUGAAAUCUUGUCCAAGAUUCUUGAGCAUGGAUUUUAGGGGCAGGUUAAAUGUAGUAAAGCGACAGAACAAAUGUAUAAAUUGUUUGACACAGGGUCAUAGAGCAGCAAAAUGCAACAAUCAAGGUUGUACAAAGUGCAAAGCUAAACAUCAUAUACUUUUGCACAAGGAAAGCAACGCUCAAACUAUUGGCUCUGAUGUAAAUGGAAGUCCCAGUCUGCCUCAGUUGUCUAUGUCGAUUAAAAAUUUAUCAUCUGCUCCAACAACAAAUGGACGAAAUUUUCACACAUCUGUGUCGAAUAAAACUAUGCUUGCCACGGCAUGGGUAAACAUUUUAAAAAACGGGACUUCGUUCAAAAUCCGUGCAUUAAUUGACCCUUGUUCGGACGACACUUUUAUUUCCUCACGCAUGCAGAAAAAGCUGAAGCUACCAACAACUUCUGUAUACGCCGAUAUUUCCGGAAUGGGUGGUGGACACUUGGCCAGGUGUACCAAAAUUGCCUCAGUCACGAUUGGAUCGCUAAAGAGUACUUUUUCUCUAGAUUUAGAGGCAUUUGUUGUCCCAGAGAUAACUGGAGAUAUUCCUACGCAGCCUUUGGAUAAAAUCUCCAUCGAUAAGUUGCCGGGUCUGGAUUUGGCUGAUCCGGAAUUUUACCAAAGUGCACCAGUUGAUAUCUUACUUGGUGGAAACGUUUAUCCUAUUAUUUUGCUAAAUGGAGUGAAAAAGGAUAUUAUGGGUUCUUUGUUGGCUCAGGAGACAGUCUUUGGGUGGAUAUUGACCGGCCCAGCGACAAAUUUGGGCAAUCGUCAGAGAGUCAGUGUUUCCCAUUGCACUAGGGUGGCGGUAAAAGAUCAAUUGGCAAAAUUCUGGGAGAUUGAGGAGGUUCCCAGAAUACCUGUUGUCUCAGAUGAUGACCGUAGAUGUGAGGAAAUUUACGUAUCAACUACUAUUCGAAGUCCUGAUGGGAGGUAUACAGUGGACUUACCUUUCCGGUCGAAUUUACCCUUUUCAUUUUCCUCCAAAUCAAGUCGAUAUGUCGCCCUUUCACAAUUUUUGCGCAACGAGACGUCACUUGCGCGAAAUCCCGAGCGAAAGAUUGAUUAUGACAAUGUCCUGUUGGAAUAUUUGUCUUUGGGACAUAUGGAAAAGGUGGAAGGGUUAGUAGACUAUCAGGACUGUUAUUAUUUGCCUCAUCCUGGCGUUUUCAAGCCAGAAAGUGCAACGACUAAACUAAGAGUCGUGUUUAAUGUCUCUUGUCCCUCAGUGGAGGGAAGAAGUCUGAAUGAUGCUUUAUAUGUUGGCCCUACACUUCAAAAAGAUAUUGUUUCGUUGGUGCUGAAUUGGAGAAUAUAUCAGUUUGUCUUUAACGCUGAUAUUACUAAAAUGUAUCGUCAGAUUUGGGUAAAUCCUAAACAUACAAAAUAUCAGAGGAUACUGUACAGAUCAUCCCCAGAAAAUGACCUGACUGAUUAUCAGUUGAAGACUGUGACGUUUGGCGUCAAUUGCGCUCCCUAUUUAGCCCUUAGGACGCUUUUAAAGCUUGCAGAUGAUGAAGAACAUCGUUUCCCAGUUGGCUCUAAGAUAUUGCGGAACAAUAUGUACGUUGAUGAUGCUUUAGUCGGCGUACAUACUAUUUCCGAAGGAAUUGAGGCAAGAGAAUCUCUUAUAAAUAUUCUUAAAACCGCAGGGUUCGAACUAAGAAAAUGGACAUCGAAUUCCAAAGAAAUUAUUAAGGGUCUGCCUCGGUGUGACCUUCUGAAUAAUGAAUUUCUUGAAUUGGGCGACAAAAGUUCGGCGAAAACGUUAGGUAUUCGCUGGAACGCGUCCUGCGACUCUUUUUAUUUCGUCAUGGACAAAAUCGAAGAUAAAAGUUCUUAUACUAAAAGACAGGUACUUUCGAUUAUCGCCAAAGUUUUUGACCCUUUGGGAUGGCUUUCGCCCAUCGUUGUAACAGCAAAAAUUCUGAUGCAACAAUUAUGGCUUGAUGACAUUGGAUGGGACGAUCCUUUAAAGCCACUCGCGUAUAUAAAUUGGAAAACUUUUGUCUCGAAUUCUGAGGCAAUUGGACAAAUUAAUAUUCCUCGCUGGGUAGAAUAUUCGCCUGAUUGCAAAAUAGAGUUACAUGGAUUUUGCGACUCAUCGGAGUCAGCAUAUGCAGCGGCACUAUACCUGAGGGUAGAAGUUGGAAUGUCUGUUGUCUCGAAUUUGCUUGUGGCUAAAUCCAAGGUGGCCCCAUUGAAAAAGACGUCGUUACCUCGUUUGGAGCUCUGCGGUGCUCUUCUUCUUGCUGAAUUGGUAGAUUCAGUAGUCCCACAAUUAGAGCUUCCUAAAGCCCCUUUGAUAGCCUGGUCUGACUCGACCAUCGUACUGUCUUGGCUCAAAAAACCGUCAUAUAGCUGGACAACCUUUGUUGCUAACAGGGUGUCAACUAUCCAGGAAAAGAUUGGUGGUGAUUGGCGUCAUGUACCAACAUACGAUAACCCUGCAGAUUUGGCAACCCGGGGGCGGACUCCUUUAGAGCUAAAGGAGUGUCAUAUGUGGUGGCACGGACCAAGUUGGCUCACAUUGGACAUGAAGGAAUGGCCCUCAGGCAUAAUUAUACCGGAAACCACCCUCGAAUCAAAACCGACUAAAGUGCAUCUUGCCCAAUCCGCUGUUCAACAUGACGUUUUGGACCGAUUUUCUCAUUUUUCUACAGCUAUUCAUGCUAUAGCUUACAUUUUCCGCUUUGUCCGUCGAACUCAUCCGAAUACAAAGAAAUUGUCUCAAUUUGACAACAUUAGGUUGUCGGCAGAGGAGAUACGUUUCGCUCGUUACCGAUUGAUGUCCAUCUCUCAGAGAAUUCACUUUCCCCAGGAAUUCGAUUGCCUCAAUAAGAAAUUAAAGUUAGAAUCUGGCAGCACUCUCUUGUCUCUCAAUCCUUUUCUCGACGAACACCAGCUUAUCCGAGCGAACGGACGUUUAGGCAAUGCUCUAUCUCUGUCGUAUGACGAGCGGUAUCCAAUUAUCUUGGCAUAUAGUAGCAGGUUCGCUGAGCUCUACGUCGACCAUAUUCAUAGGCAAACGAAUCAUGGCGGCAUACAGCUAACUUUGGCUACGACUAGACUCGAGUGCUGGAUAAUAAGAGGAAGAAAUCUUGUGAAAACUCGCUACAGGAAGUGUGUACGAUGUAUAAUGGCUCAGAAGAGGCGUCAAGUUCAGCUUAUGGCGGCUCUUCCUCCUGAGAGGACAACCUUCAGCAGACCAUUUGCCACCUCAGGCGUAGACUUUGCUGGGCCAUUUGAAAUUAAAACCUUUAACGGUCGUGGGUGUCGUAUAUCCAAGGGAUACAUAUGCUUAUUCGUUUGCUUUGUCACAAAGGCCAUCCACUUGGAACCUGUAAGCGAUCUUUCCACCCCCGCCUUCUUAGCUGCGUUGUCUCGUUUUGUGUCUCGACGGGGUUGUCCUCAUCACAUUUAUUCGGAUAACGGCAAAAAUUUCGUUGGUGCCGAUCGAGAGCUUCGAGCUAAUUUCACAAAAGUUGUCUCAGAGCUGAAAGACGAAGCCGUGGUAAAGUACGGAUUCCAAAAAUUAGAAUGGCACUUUAUACCUGCUGCAGCGCCCCACAUGGGUGGGCUUUGGGAGGCGGGCGUAAAAAGUUGUAAAGCACACUUAAAAAAGAUCUCAGGUCAGAUCAAACACACCUUUGAAGAAUUUGCCACAAUUCUUGCCAAUAUCGAAAGUUGCCUCAAUUCGAGGCCUCUUACCCCUUUGUCUAACAAUGUCGAUGACUUUGGCGCUCUUACUCCCGGGCACUUUCUCAUCGGAAGCUCACUGCUUUCUACCGCUGAACCAGAACAGAGGGAGAAAAUGUCGAUGCAAAACCGCUGGCGACGGUUGAGGUUCAUUACACAGGAAUUCUGCAGACGUUGGAAAUCAGAAUAUAUAAGGGAGCUACACAAGCGCACAAAGUGGAAGCAGGCUCAGGACGACCUGCGGAUAAAUGACCUAGUGGUUCUUCAUACUGACUCAAUAGCAUCGAAUGAAUGGCGACUAGGCCGCGUUAUAGAAUUGCACCGAGGUCAUGAUGGUCGCGUUAGGGUCGUGAGUUUGAAAACUCAGAAUGGGACAAUUUCGCGCCCCAUCCAUAAACUCGUCUUACUUCCUCGUGCAUAA